AUGGCUGGAUCUCAGCUUUCGCUUCGAGUUGCCACUCUCCUGACGGGGCUAUUGGAAUGUGUCGCCUUUUCUGGGCUGAUCUUUGGCUGGACCUCGCUGGUGUUCGUUCUCAAAAGUGACCACUACUUUGAGGAUCUGUGUGAGCAGCCGGGCAAUCAGACAAGCAAUGCCACAGGACAUUCAGAAUGCAGCGCUCAGGAUUCAAAAUUCUCCCUCAUCUUUACCCUGGCUUCCUUCUCCAACAACUUCAUGACAUUUCCUAUGGGCUACAUCUUUGACCGCCUUGGAACCACUGUGGCACGUCUUAUUGCGAUAUUUCUCUAUGGGGGUGCCACGCUUCUUGUAGCUGUCUCCUCUGCAGGUACAGCACUGAUGCUCUUUGCAGCCUUCCCAAUGCUUGCUGUCGGAGGCAGUUUGUUUCUGCUUACCAAUUUGCAGGUGGGAAACCUAUUUGGCAAACAUCGAUCUACCAUAAUCACCCUCUACAAUGGGGCGUUUGACUCCUCCUCUGCCACCUUUCUCAUCAUUAAGCUUCUCUAUGAACAGGGCUUGAAACUCCGAGUCUGCUUCUUCAUCCUCUGUGCCUUUAGUAUCUGGCAUCUCAUCCGUACUUUCUUCCUCAUGCCCAGGGGGCACAUACCCUUUCCACUGCCAUCGAACUACAGUUAUGGCAUUGACUGUUCAAGGGGAACUGAUGGAUCCCAAGGAACAAAAGGUGAAGAAGCCAGGAAGGAAAAGGUAGAUCUGAGGCAGGAAGACAAUGCCUCCCCCCAAGAUCAACUGCAUGAGGCAAGUGGUUGUGAUCCUCCCUCUUUCUGGAGCUGCGUGCUGUCUUGGCGAUUCUUUUGGCAUCUGCUUUGGCUCUCUUCGAUGCAGCUGUGGCACUAUCUCUUCAUCGGGACCCUCAACCCCAUGCUGAACCGCCUGGCCCAUGGGGACCAGCAUCUAGUCAGCACCUAUACAAAUGCCUUUGCCAUCACUCAGCUCUUUGGGGUGCUGUGUGCCCCCUGGAAUGGAUUCCUGUUGGACCGCCUUAAGAAAAAAUAUCUGCAAGAGGCAAGAAAAAGAGGUUUUCCAGACUCUAUGGCAGACCUUCACUCUACCUACCCAUCCUUGGCUUUGACAUCCCUGUUGUGCCUUGGAUUCUCCAUCUGUGCUUCUAUUCCCAUCCUUAAACUCCAGUAUUUCACCUUCAUCCUGCAAGUUAUUAGUCGGUCUUUCCUGUAUGGAGGGAAUGCUGCCUUCAUCACUCUGGCCUUUCCUUCCCAGCACUUUGGGAAGAUCCUUGGGACAGCGAUGACGUUGUCAGCAGUGAUCUCAUUUCUGCAGUUCCCCAUCUUCGUCCUCAUCAAAGGGCCUCUUCAGGGGGACCCUAUUUACGUAAACAUCGUGCUGAUACUGCUCACUCUCCUCUCCUUUGUCCAUUCUUUCAUCGUGUCUAGGCAGUGGAGACAGCAGGAAAAACGUGUGUGA